UUCUGAUCAUCUGACACAAACACACUGGCAUCUAACUUCAUCUCCGUCCGUCGAUCCAGAGGCAUUUAUUACAUACACACACUGGACUUUUGUGUCGGUUUUCACGUCUGAAGAAAGAAAGAAAGAAAGAAAGAAAGAAAGAAAGAAAGAAAGAAAGAAAGAAAGAAAGAAAGAAAGAAAGAAAGAACAAAUAUUUUACCUUUAUUUUAGGUUGAAGUUUUUAUCUUUUGACAUAUAAAGGAUAUGGGCAGAUGUGGAAAUAUUGCGUUUUGUGCGAUGGUGCUCUUCUACUGUUCUUUCUUUACAGGUGAUUAUCUCUGUGUGUCGUCUGUGCCUCACAUCAUAAACAGAAGAAACGGAGUGACUGAUGUUAACUUGACCUUGAGCCAUGGCAGCAAUCAGACACAGUCCUCUAACAUCACUGAGCCCACGCCGCACAGAAACACAACAACAGAGAUGUUGAAUAACUCAUCCGCCCUGGCAGUGAAUGUCAGUUUCUCUGGGAACAUCUCAGACAGUCGAAAUGACUCAGAUGUGUCACCUGUGAAAAAUGAGACCACAGUUAACACGGUAAAGCCAACUACACUCCUGCCAUCAACGACCCAUGAGCCCAAAAGCACCGUUAACAUCAGCACGCUCCACCCAGAAUCCAGCGGAGCCCACAACGACACCCCCUCAGCUCUGAACGUCACAGACAGCGACAAUAGUAAAGCGUCCACUGACCCGCUCCUUGCUGGACUGGUGUCAGCGUUCAUCGUCGUUGUUGCCAUCGUUUCCGUCCUCAUAUUCCUCAAAUUCAGAAACAAAAACUCUGGUCCAGUGUUUCACAGACUUCAAGAUCUCCCCAUGGAUGAUAUGCUGGAAGACGCCCCUCUCACCAUGUACAGCUACUGAAAUCCCAGAUGUUCCUCAGACAUCUUCAGAGCACCCAACAUCCUCCGAUCUACACAACACAGACACGUUUAAACGGCUGGUGUGCUUCAUAGAGACACAAACACUUCUGUACAGGACUAAAUGUAGCCUAAUACUCCACUUUAGUUGUUAAAUUCACCGUGGCCAUCAGAGUAGUUUUCUUGCACUUAAUGUGAGGUUUGGGCUGCAGGAAUGUUUGGAGUAGAAUGGAGAAACUAAUUUUCAUUUUGGGUGAAUUAUUCCUUGAAAGAAAUGUUCCAAGUACACCACACAAAAUGUCAGUGUCUCUCUCAGUCAGCAACAAUCAUGUUUAUACAGUAAUGCACCACUUAUAGUGCAAGUCUACGGGGUACCAGAAUAAACAAUAAUGUUAACACUGAUGUGACACAUGUGACAAUGACACUAAUGUGAUAUAGUCUACUAUGAAUAUCUGUAUGAUAUGUAUAUCUGUUGUAUUCAGUUUUUCCAACUCCUGUGAAGCUGCAAAACCCUGUAACUUUUUCAUUUUUAUAGUAACUGCAUUACUGUUAACUGAUUUUUGCUUGUUUUUACAAACAGAGAGAUGAAAUCAACAUUAAUGCAAUUGGCUCUUGGCUCAUUAUGUUACAAAAUUCAACUGUUUUCAAAAAUCCAUUUGUGUGCACUUUGACAAAGAUGGUAAAAAAACAGACAUGAAUCAAUAAAUAGCCAGAAUUGUAACAAUUUUUUUGAGCCUGAAAUGUUUUAUAAACCUGAGAGAAAAAAAAUGUUUGGCUGAUGAUGUGUGAUGUUUACUUUUGUGUAAUAAGAUGUGAGAGUGGAUUUAAAGUGUUUCUUAUUACACAUUGUUCUUUUAAUUAAUAAAGUCUUUAAAAUACA